GGAAAGCUUAAGAAGAGCAAGCACUCAAGGAAGCAACUCAUUUACAGCAAGAACCUAACUACCAGGCAUCAUGAAGACUCUGACUCUCCUCGCCAUCUGCGCUCUUCUGUCUGUGUGCUGGUCCAUGGGAGCUGUUGAACCAGAGGUUGUUGUGGACCCUGCUGCCGACACUGCUGCCGCCACUACCGCUGACGCUGCACCUGCCGACCCUGCUGCUGCUGCUGCUGACCCCGCCGCCCCUGAUUCAUCCUCUUCAUCCUCCUCUUCCUCUUCCUCUUCCUCCUCCUCCGAGUCUGAUUCGUCCUCCGCAUCCGACUCCAACUCUUCCUCAGACUCAGCAUCUGAUUCUAACUCCUCCUCCUCCUCCUCCUCUUCUUCCUCCUCAUCCUCCUCAUCCUCCUCAUCCUCCUCCUCCUCCUCCUCUUCUUCCUCUUCCUCCUCUGAGUCCUCCGAGUCCUCCUCUGACUCUUCUGAAUCUUCUGAAUCUAAUUCUUCUGAGUCCUCCUCCUCCUCCUCCUCUUCCUCCUCCGAGUCCAACUCCUCCGAAUCCGACUCUUCCUCCGAUUCUUCCUCUUCUUCUUCAUCCUCCUCCUCAUCUUCAUCAGAGUCAGCCAGUGCUGAGGCCGCAGCGGCUAAGGUGGUGAAGAAGAGAGACUUGGCUUCUGUCCUCCUGAGGAGAAGGAGAGCUGUUCCUGCAGGAGACCUCACCCCUCUGCAGCUGGAGAGCCUGAGAGAGGUGUGUGAGCUGAACAUUGCCUGCGACGAGAUGGCAGACACUGCAGGCAUUGUCGCUGCAUAUAUCGCCCACUAUGGAUCCCUCCCCUUCUAAGUUAAAGACUCCUCUUUCAUCCACAUGAGAAGUUUUCUCUGUCUUUUUCUUAUAGAAUGGUGCAACAACUCCCCUGAAUACAGACAUGGGACAGACAAUCAAAAAAAAUAAGGGUCCUGCCCCAAAUUCUUGCACAAGUGACCAGCUUUAGCGGUCCUGUAUGAAAUGGCCUCUUCCAGGCUUUCAGAGAGAGGCACAUGGAAACACAAGCCUGUGAAGUAUGCAGUAGCCCACACUAGAUUUAAAUUAUUCUUCACGUCUGACGUAUAAUGCAAUGAAUGGUGCUACAAUGCAGAUGUAUUGUAUGUUAAUGUAUUGAUGUUGUUACUGUAUGUUGUACUUUAGCCUUACUUUUACUAGAAGUAGUAGUUCUAGUGAGUAGUGGAUGUAGUAAUGAGGUACUGUAGUUCUAGUAGUUUAGUGGUCGUAGUGUACAGUGUGUUUAAAAUGCACAACAGUCUGUAAUCUGUAAUGACUGUAACCACAAAUUGCCUCUGGGUUUAAAAAUAAUAAAUUAUUUUGUUUUGUCCAA